AUGCCGCCGGCACCCACGCGAUGGCGGCGCGGGGGUCGCUCGCCGCCGCGUCUCCUCCAGCGAGCCCUCCUUGUGGCAGCCUUCUCCGCUGCGGCUCUCAUCGUCCUCAUACUACUCCAGCACCGCCACGGCCCUGAACCCCCAAACCCUUCCACCGCGGCCCACGCCCGCGACUCCUCGGACGAGCUCCUCGACGACUCGCCUCCCGCGGAGCGGGAUCCGGAGGCCAGUCACUCGGCGGGCACCGGUGACGGUUCCACGUGCGCGACGGUGGAGAGGAUGGGGGAGGAGGCCGCGGGCCCUGGGCGGGGCUCUCCGGAGCAGGCCAGCCUGCGGGUCCGCGAGAUGAUCCGGCGCCACUUCGAGCUCCACGGAGCAGAAAGAGUGAGAACGCUUCCUGCCCAUGAAUUCUGCAAACAAGGCUUUGUGUUGGGGAAAGCAUCUGAAGCUGGAUUUGGCAAUGAAAUGUACAAGAUCUUAACAGCAGGAGCCUUGAGUGUCAUGUUAAACCGAUCUUUGAUCAUCGGGCAAACAAGGGGACUGUAUCCUUUUGGGGAGUACAUCUCUUAUACCAACCAGUCAUUCACUAUUCAUGAAAUCAAGCAUUUGUGGAGGAAACAUCACUGUGCUAGGACAUAUGGUAGAGAUCUGAAUAUCAGAGUGGACAUUUUUGAAAAUCCAGCUGAGACGAAUGUUCUGUGCAGUGACUGGAAUAACUGGAAAGAUCCAAUUAUCUGGUUUGAUGGCGCAACAGAUGCAGUUGGGAUUCAGUUUUUUCUGAAGAAUGUUCAUCCUAGAAUGAAGGCUGCUGCGUCGGCUCUUUUUGGAUUGCCAGACUCAUUGUAUGCCAGGCCUAAUACAUUUGGUGAACUUAUGCGAGCUAUCAUAUCUCCAUCCAGCAAAGUCCAAGAAGCAGUUGACUGGGUUUUGAAGGGUGCAAAUCCAGAUAUUGUUUUGCACACACGCAUGAUGGCGAAUAGGCCAGUCCGAGCAAGAAAAGCUGCAGUUCUUUGUAUUAAGAGAGCCCUACAGAUUAGCCAUAUCAAGGGUACACCUCUGGUGGCAUUGGUCUCAGACACACCAGCAUUUGUGAAGGAGUUAAAGUCAGACAUCAGUGAGUUUGCAGAGGUACUUUAUUUUGAUUACAAGUUGUUUGCCAAGACUUCUGGUCUGGAGAUAGUUGGAAAUGAUAAGCCUUUGGAUUUUCGUUCAAGAGACUGGGGAUCAGCUCCAAGGUGGGUGGCGUUUGUUGAUUUCUUUGUAGCUGCACAGGCCAGAUAUGCAGUUGUCACUGGAGCACAUCGUCGUGUGGGGACCACCUAUGCACAGCUCAUUGCAGCAUUGGCUGCGGCAAACAGACAUGGUCGAGAGCCUUCAGGCGCCAACUUCACGUUCCUAAGCAGCGUCCACAGUAACUUGCUGGUGGAGGGGCUCUCAACGCAGGUUGGAUGGGGCCAUAUCUGGAACAGAUAUGCUGGUCCUCUAAGCUGUCGACACCAGCCGCACCAAUGCGCCUUGACCCCGUUCCUCCCGCCUGCUUGGUGGGACGGUCAGUGGCAAAGCCCCAUUCCUAGGGAUGUCAGGAGGCUACUGGAGUACGGCGUCCGGUUAUCAAACACUGGCGAGGUCGACAAGAGGCACCUCGUGUCGCACUGCAGGUCAAGGAAAGAUCAUGUAAAGAGGUACCAUGUCCUUCCACCAUACAAGAACCCGGCACGAUCAUAGGCUUUGGAGGUCAGCGAGGGACACUGUCUAACAUCAUGCUCUUCGAGAGCCCAGUUUUGUAUUAACCACUUAUGACGGGUCUAGGUUAGAGUGGCCAGGCUUUUAAAUUGGCCAUGCUGGUAAUUUUCUUGUCGUGCCCCAAACGGUGCCAGUUUUGAUGAUCUGCAGCACAGGUGUUCGUAUAUCGCUGUUGUUGAUCCGUGAUAAGAUCGGAAUGCAGAUAGCAAAUAGAGAUGGGGUGAUGUAUUAAGGCAUAGGCGCAUAGCCUUGCAUUGCCCAAUGAGUUCUGAGCUAGUGGUCUAAUCUGUCAUUAAACUGGAUAGCAGAACACCCACCCUGAAUGUAGAGUGAUGUGCGAUCUGUCUACUGAUGCGAUUUUGAUGUUUUUCAUUCUCCUGUCCUUGCAGUGCUAUUCAACACAAAUGAGCAUGGGCCUUGUUAAUGUAUCACAGCAUGUACAUACUUAGCAUGUGCUAUCUGCACCGUUGAAAA